AUGGUCCGUCUCAACGGUUUGAAUACGCUUUCUAUCACUCGUAACCAUAUGACUGGGACUAUCCCGCCGGAGCUGUUUUCGAUGAGGAAUCUGGAAAACCUGUUCCUCUACGCGAAUCAAAUGCGUGGGUCCAUCCCUAGUGAAGUCGCCAACGCAAAGAAACUGAAAAUUUUGUCGGCCGGUAACAACCUGUUCGCUGGUACUCUCGUCUCCGAAAUCGGCCAAGUCAGUACGCUGGAACAGUUGGACAUUGGCUUCAACGAGUUCUGGCUUAGACUCCCUACCGAAAUGGGUCAGCUAACGAACAUGAAAUACCUUGUAAUCGAGGACAAUCGAUUCUCGGGGCCAAUGCCUAGUGAAUUUGGGCGUAUGAGUAACUUGGAAACCUUUUUGCUGUCCCAGAAUCUAAUGAAGGGACCUCUGCCGAUUGAUCUCACCAACCUUUCUAAUCUGCAUGAGUGGCGAUUUGCCCAUACCGGAUUGGGAGGUGACUUCCCGACCGAGUUUGGACAAGCCAUGACCAACCUGCAUCGUCUCGAAAUGGGCGGAAAUAACUUUCGUGGAACCAUCAUGACCGAGUUUGGCUACAUGACCCAGUUGUCGUGGCUAGCGCUCAACGGCAACGACCUCACGGGGACUAUUCCGACCGAAAUUGGUCACCUGGUUAACAUGACUAGACUGUCACUUCAGGAUACCUUGAUCGAAGGGACGAUUCCGUCGGAGAUUGGUCUGAUGACCAAGCUUGAGAAUCUUAAUAUUGACAAAAACAAUUUGACCGGACGCGCUCCG